AUGUCCGAGAUAGAGUAUGAGCCACUCAGUCUGGAUGUGGACAGAUUGGGGCGCGAGACGAUCGACGCGCACAUAGAGCAGGUCAGACGGCUGGUGGACGAACAUCUGAGCGAGCCGUACUCGAUCUACGUGUACAGGUUUUUCCUCAACAACUGGCCCAAUUUGACGGUCAUGGCCAAGCACAAGGGCAGGGUCAUUGGAUGUAUCAUAUCAAAAGUGGAGCCGCACAAACACGCCAGGAUACGUGGGUAUAUUGGGAUGUUGGCUGUGGACAACGAGUAUCGUGGCCGCGGAAUCGCCAAGGAGCUGAUCUCGCAGAGCGUGGACUCGAUGAUCGAAACCUAUCAUUGCGACGAGAUCAUUUUGGAGACGGAGGUGGUGAACAAAGCUGCGCUGCGGCUGUACGAGAACUUUGGGUUUCUACGCGUGAAACGGCUGUUCCGGUACUAUCUAAACAAGCACGACGCGUUCCGGUUAAUACUGCCUGUGACAGAGAAGAGCAGCGUGCGAUCGACGUUUCUGCCACCGCUGGAGAACGCGCCAGAGUCCAAAUACUAA